GCGAACAGGGGCUAGGGAAGAAGCGCCGUACGAAUUUCCACGUUGCGUGGACCAGCGACACUGUGUCCCCGUGUGCCGAUAGAAUCGGUUGGCAGGCGAUCCCUUUCAAGGCUGACCGGGACAAAAUGGCAUGCCCCUUCUCACGGGAACGCUUCAAAGCGAGGAGCGACGAGGGAAACGGGAGUGAUAAUAAUCGACGGAGAACCACCGGCAAUGCGGGCCCCGAAGACGUCGGAAAGUCCAGACAAUCCUCCUUCGAAGUGUCCUCGUUGCUGACGCGCGAGGAAAUCGAGGACGCCGAAGACACGCAGACCCUGAACCUGAAGCACCUGAGAGCCGCCGUUCUCGUCUUGACCAAUCCAUCGAACGAGGCGGUUGCUGUAGCUCUGGGAGCUCUUUUGAGCAAAGGCGCGGAACCACAUUCAACGACGGGGUCUUUGGAGAAACUCCUCUACAACGUCGAUACCGAGGAGAACUAUAAUUUACUGGAGGACAUUUACGAGACCCUAAAUUACCACUGCGAAAUCGACAUGAGCAAGUUUUUCGAUCACCUCGGCCAGGAACUGAUCUACACCGCUUGCGUGGGUCUCCUCGAGCGAGCAUUCCGUUGCCUCGGGAACGAUCUGACAGCCUUCCUGACCACUCUCGACGGCGUAAACGACGUUGUACAACACCAGUCCGGAUCAGAAGCGGAGGCAGAGUUCGUAUGCAUCGCCACCCCGGAAGCGAUAGAACUCCAUUUCACAACCGACCAUCCGUCUGUCGCCUAUUUGCUGGUUGGCAGCUUGAAGGGCAUCGCCAGACAAUUUUAUAACGACAAUGCGAACGUGUACAUUCUGCCGGAUCCGUACAACACAAAAUUUUUUAGGUAUCGUAUCACUCCAGAGCGGUACAGCGAGCAUUUGGUCGUCCAUUCGGAGAUCGACAAUAACCUCGACACGGUCACGUCUCCUUUCCGUCCACUCUCGACCGAGGCCACGGACCUUCAUUUGGGGGUCGCAGGCUUCUGCAAAGCGUUUCCAUGGCACUUCGUCGUCGACCGACAAUUGGAGCUCGUGCAGCUUGGGGUCGGAUUCAUGAGGAUUUUCGGACACCAUCUAAACCGAUUGGGGCGAGAGAUAUCGACGUACUUCGUUUUUACACGGCCGCGCGGGGUUACUCUGACCUUCCAUGAGAUACUGAAGCGUGCGAACACACCUUUUGUGCUGACCGUACAGAGACCGCACGGCGUCGACAAGUAUCCCGCGGAGGGCUUAGAGAUGAAAGGUCAGAUGGUCCAUUGUCCCGAAUCGGAUUCUAUCCUAUUCGUGAGCUCGCCAUUCCUGAAUGGUCUGGAAGGGCUGACUGGUCGAGGACUUUUUAUAUCCGAUAUUCCAUUACACGACGCAACGAGGGAUGUGAUUUUGGUGGGAGAACAAGCCAGAGCACAGGAUGGCUUGAGAAGGCGAAUGGACAAAUUAAAAAGCUCUAUAGAGGAAGCAAAUCUCGCUGUAUCGGCAGAAAGGGAAAAGAAUGUUAGUCUGCUUCAUCUUAUAUUCCCUCCGGAUAUAGCGAAACGCUUAUGGUUAGGGGAAACUAUCGAGGCGAAAACGUAUCCCGAAGUGACCAUGCUUUUUAGCGACAUCGUCGGUUUCACGGAAAUUUGCUCGACCGCGACGCCGAUGAUGGUUAUCAACAUGCUUCAGAAUCUUUACGAGCAAUUUGACUCGUUUUGCGGUCAACUGGACGUAUAUAAGGUAGAAACAAUCGGAGAUGCUUACUGCGUUGCAUGUGGCCUUCAUCGUGAUACCUACACACAUGCGCAACAAAUAGCUUGGAUGGCCCUAAAAAUGAUACAAGCAUGUUCCAAUCACUUAACUCACAAGGGUAAACCAAUAAGGAUGCGCAUUGGUAUUCACACUGGAAUGGUCCUGGCAGGCGUCGUUGGAAAGAAGAUGCCUAGGUACUGCUUAUUCGGGCACAAUGUUACCUUAGCGAAUAAAUUCGAAUCCUUAAGUGAACCGCUUCGUAUUCACGUUAGCCCAACGACGUACGACAGCUUAUUGAAAUGUCCCAUAUCAGGAUUCGACCUGGAACCACGAAGCAAAGAAUUUCUGCCGAAGGAAUUCCCAGCAAACGUAGAUGGACGGUCUUACUUUCUCAACGAUUACAAGCACAAGGAUGUCGAUGCAAAUCUUUUGCUCGAUAUUCACAUUCAAAACGCGAUCAGGGAAUGCGGUCUCGGCACCAGCAUGUAGAUAUUCCGACUAAACCUGUCCCCGUCGUCAUCAACCGCGCGCAUCGUCCGCGAAUGUCGCUGUACCAAUCGCUACUGUCCGCAAAACCA